AUGGCAACCUUUCGACCAUCACAUAUUCUUCUAUUUGGCGCGACUGGCAAAAUCGGCAAGUUCAUCACUGAGGCCGUGAUCAAUGCGAAGCCGUCGUUUGAUCAUCUGGCCAUCUUCACUUCACCGAGCACCGUUGCUAACAAGCCCGACCUUCUGAACAAAUGGAAGUCGGAGGGCGUCUCGGUGAUCGUAGGUGACGUGGACAAAGACGAAGAUGUCAGGGCAGCCUAUGACGGUGUCGAUACGGUUGUCUCAGCCGUCGGUCGCGAAGCCAUUGACAAGCAGAUCAGGCUCAUCCGGCUAGCCGAAGAGUCAGGCUCUGUGAAGUGGUUCUUUCCAUCUGAGUAUGGCACAGACAUUGAGUAUGGGCCCCAGAGCCCUGAUGAGAAGCCUCAUCAAAAGAAGCUGGCUGUUCGCAAGUUCAUCCGCGAGAACGUGCAGCACCUUAAGAUCACCUAUCUAGUAACGGGGCCGUACUUCGACAUGUGGGCUCACACCACCGCAGGAGCGGAAGAGGCAGGCGGCUUUGAUGUCAGGCACAAGGAGGCAGAUCUCGUCGAGGACGGUGAGGGCAAGAUUGGCUUCACCACCAUGGCCGACGUGGGCAAACUUCUCGUUGCAGCAUUGCAGCACCCUGGGGCGUCCUUCAACCAGGCCCUCAAAGUCCAGUCGUUUGUAGUGACACCCAACCAGGUGGUGGCGGAGUACGAGAAGCAGACUGGGACUAAGUGGAAGGUGUCGUAUACAUCUCUUGACAGGAUCAGAGAACUGGAAGCAGAGCUGUGGGCGCGUGGCAAGCCCCAGGCCACCAGCGUCACCCUGCAGCGUAUCUGGGCAGAGGGUGGGACUCUGUACGAGAAAUCGGACAAUGAGAAGAUUGGUGUGAAGUCUGAGGAUUUGGACUCGUUGGCUGUAGCAGUGAGGCGUGACAUCGAAGACCAGCAAGCUUGA